AUGUCUGAAGUUCUUCUUUUGAUCCAUCCAACUGUGGUGACGACUCCACAGCUUGUGGAGCAAACAAAGAAACAGCUCAUAUUAUCAAACCCCGAGGCAGACUUGGUCCAGCAUGUCAUAGAUCGCGUGGCUCUUGGGCAACAAACGUUGGGAUCCAAGCAGUACAAGUUGGUUUACUAUCUUGCGCCUGCCGAGGCCGCUCAGAAUAAGUUCAAUGGUGCUCUGAUUGGACAAUUGUACGAUUCUCUUGUUGAGGGAGGCAAGUUCACCGGUCUGAUACCGGCGGACUCUGCUUUGGACGCGAUUAUGGCCGGUUUCACUAUCAGCGAAGAUGGCCAGACCUGGAUCAAGCCGGACGCUACACAGACAGCUCCUGUUGCUGUGCCCUUGAAGUCGAGGAGCCAGAACAAGUUGCCGGCUAAAAAACUGCCAAUGUUUAAGAAACUCGCCUCGCCACCGGUUUUAACCGAUUCUUCUGAGGGUGACGAGGAGGAGAACGACGCGGCUCAGCAGAGCAAACUGAAGGAGACCAAGCUCGUGUUCUUCGACGACUCGGACUCGGACAACGACGCCAACGAUACAUACAUAGAUGACAACGAGCUGCUCAAGACGUCGGACCUGAAACUGACCGAACCGCUGGUGACCCCAGUGCAGUGCACGACCACCGGAAAGAAGAGACGUCGGGCAUGCAAGGACUGCACGUGUGGAUUGAAGGAGAAAGAGGAGGCAGAGGAGAGAGCACAGCGGUCGGUGCAGGACACCAUCUUGGGCAACAUGGCCCGCUCGGCUACGGACGAGGCCAUCAAAAUUGAGGAGAGAAUACGGGCCAAGCGCGAGGACGCAAGACGCAAGCUGGGCGAGAAGAUCAAGUUCUCGGAAACGGACAUGACGGAGAUCGAUUUCACCAUCGAAGGAAAAACAGGUGGUUGCAACUCGUGUGCGCUCGGAGACGCGUUCCGCUGUGACGGGUGUCCGUACCUGGGGCUGCCCGCAUUCAAGCCGGGCCAGAUGAUCACGCUGGACGCUUUUGGCGAGGACAUUUAA